UCACAUCAACAAGAGCAGCGGAAGUGUGCUCUACUUUCCUAGGCUAGUCUAUUCAUCAAUAAACAAGGAUAACCACGCCGGUUGAGGCAGUGUUCAGCUCUUUUAAAAGGCAGUUGGAUGUCUGAAGACUUAAGACCUGCGCUGCUGUUUUGAUUUGCUGACUGUUUAAGUCUGAGAACCUCCUUGUGAUGGAGAGGUUCAGCUCGAACAGAGGGGAGCAUGUUAACCCCGCUUAUGACUCCAAUCUGGAUGAACCUCCAGUCUACGAGGAGCCUACCAGGGACCAACGGACUGUCCGGCCCUCGGUGGUCAGUGCUUUUGGCCACGACACUUUAGACCGCGUGCCCAACAUUGACUUCUACCGCAAUGCAGGCAGCGUGAGUGGUCACAGGGCCGUGCGACCAUCCCUGCAGGAGCUCCACGAUGUGUUCCACAAGAAUGGAGCGAUCUCCAUCCCAGACACUGUGGAGGACGACGGUGAGGGGAGCGACGGGACCCUCUCCGAAGAUCUGGAAUCUGGCACUCCCGUUGAAAAGGUCCAAGAAGGAGUGAAGUUCGGCUGGAUAAGGGGUGUCCUGGUACGAUGCAUGCUGAACAUCUGGGGUGUCAUGCUGUUCAUCCGUCUGUCCUGGGUGUUUGGACAAGCAGGCUGGGGUCUGGGAAUUGUGGUCAUUCUUCUCAGCUGCGUGGUCACCACCAUCACUGGCCUUUCCAUGUCUGCCAUUUGUACUAAUGGCGUAGUGAGAGGAGGUGGAGCCUACUACUUGAUAUCUCGCAGUUUGGGACCAGAGUUUGGCGGGUCAAUUGGUUUAAUCUUCGCCUUCGCCAAUGCAGUGGCCGUGGCCAUGUAUGUGGUGGGAUUCGCGGAGACGGUCGUCGAUUUGCUCAUGGAGCACGAUCUCCUCAUGGUGGAUCAGAUAAACGACAUCAGGAUCGUCGGUGUCAUCACGGUGGUGCUGCUCUUGGGCAUAUCCGUUGCUGGAAUGGAAUGGGAGGCAAAGGCACAAAUUGUCCUACUCAUCAUCUUGCUGGUGGCCAUCGUGAACGUGUUCGUGGGAACAUUCAUCCCUGCAACCGAAGAUAAGAAAUCCAAAGGCUUUUUCAAUUACGACGCCAAAAUCUUCAUGGAGAAUUUUACUCCGGAUUUUAGGGGUACAGAGACAUUCUUUUCAGUGUUUGCCAUCUUUUUCCCUGCGGCUACGGGCAUCCUGGCUGGAGCCAACAUCUCUGGAGACUUGAGGGAUCCUCAGGCUGCCAUACCUAAAGGUACCUUGUUGGCCAUCCUGAUCACUGCAAUCACCUACCUGGGUGUGGCCCUUUGUGUCUCUGCUACUGUUGUCCGUGAUGCCACCGGAAACAUAACGGACCUCAUCGCUCCUGGAACAAUAUGUAACGGUUCAGCAGCUGUUGCCUGUGAACUUGGUUAUGAUUUCUCCUCCUGUGCAGUAGACACAUGCAAAUUUGGCUUGAUGAACAACUUCCAGGUGAUGACCAUGGUGUCUGGGUUUGGUCCACUCAUCAUCGCUGGAACAUUUUCAGCCACACUUUCCUCAGCCUUGGCUUCCCUCGUCAGUGCGCCUAAAGUCUUCCAGGCGUUGUGUAAGGACAACAUCUACAAGAUCCUGCACUUCUUUGCCAAAGGUUAUGGCAAGAACAACGAGCCGAUCCGUGGCUAUGUCCUCACAUUCAUUAUUUCUGUGGCCUUCAUUCUCGUUGGUAAUCUCAACACCAUCGCUCCUAUCAUCUCAAACUUCUUCCUGGCAUCGUAUGCUCUCAUUAAUUUCUCCUGCUUCCAUGCAUCCUACGCCAAGUCUCCAGGUUGGAGACCGGGCUACAAAUACUACAACAUGUGGCUAUCCCUGAUGGGAGCUGUGCUCUGCUGUGUCGUUAUGUUUGUCAUCAACUGGUGGGCGGCUCUACUCACAUAUGCCAUUGAAAUCCUCCUCUACAUUUAUGUCACAGUCAAGAAGCCAAACGUGAACUGGGGUUCGUCGACACAGGCUGUGACGUUUGUGAGCGCAGUCAGCAACGCUCUCUCGCUGUCUGGCGUAGAAGAUCACGUCAAGAACUUCAGGCCUCAGAUCUUAGCACUGACAGGUUCGGCACGAAGCAGACCAGCUCUCCUGGACCUGGCUCACUCCUUGUCUAAGAACUAUGGCCUCUGUCUCACAAGUGAAGUGUUUGUGGGUCCAAGAUCGGAGGCCCUGGAAGAGAUGAAUUCAGGAAUGGAGAAGAACCAGUACUGGCUGAGGAAGACCAAACGCAAGGCCUUCUACACUGCCGUGGCUUGUGACAGCUUCAGGGAAGGAACCGAGAGUCUGCUGCAGGCUUCUGGUCUUGGUCGUAUGAAGCCUAACAUACUGAUGAUGGGCUUCAAGAAGAACUGGAGGACCUCAGGUUCAGAAGCAGUGCAGAGUUAUGUGGGAAUACUUCAUGAUGCAUUCGACUUUGAGUACGGGACAGUGAUACUGAGGAUGAACCAGGGACUGGAUGUGUCGCACAUUGUCGAGGCAGAAGAGGAGAUGUUGAAGGCAGCACGAGAGCAACAGGCACUGGAGGAUGAGAUGAUGCCAAACGGAGGGAAACCAAAGGGGCUGUUCAGGAAGUCCAGGAAAUCAUCUCAGCAAGUCCUCACGACCAGAGUGUCGGUGUGUGGCCCUCCACCCGUGCAGGUUGCCAGGAUGAAUGAGAAGCUGAUGGAGGCCAGUGCUCUGUUCAAGAAGAAACAGCCUAAAGGCACCAUUGAUGUGUGGUGGCUGUUUGACGAUGGAGGUCUUACCCUGCUGCUCCCCUACAUCCUUACCACCAGGAAGAAGUGGAAGGACUGUAAAUUAAGGAUCUUCAUUGCAGGACAACCUGGACGCACUGAGCUGGAUAAACAGGAGAUGAAGUCUCUGCUGCAGAAAUUCAGAAUCAACUGCAACGACAUCAAUGUGAUCGACGACCUCCACGUCAAGCCCCGAUCUGACAGCUCGAAGCAGCUAGACGACAUGAUUGAGCCGUUCCGCCAGCGCGGCGUGUCCAGAGACACGGUUCAGGCCGAUGCCAAGCAGAAAGAUCAACCCUGGAAAAUCACCGACGAAGAGCUGGGCCAGUUUGAGGAGAAGACUAACCUCCAGGUCCGACUGAAUGAGCUCCUCCAGGAACACUCCAAAUCAGCCAAUCUGAUCAUUGUGAGCAUGCCCAUUGCUCGUAAGGGAUCUGUCUCGGACUUCCUCUACAUGGCCUGGCUGGACGCUCUGACGAAGGACCUUCCACCGACUCUGCUCAUCAGAGGAAACCACAAGAGCGUGCUCACUUUCUACUCCUGAGCACGUCACAGGCAACACUGCAUUGUAGCGAGAAAGGAAAAAGAUGAUGGUACCAAAUAUGAACCGUGUUCAUAAAGCUUGCAAGGACAUGGAUAAUACUCAGUCUUCCAGACCAACACCAGCAUUUAGUUAACAAAAAAAAACAAACACUUUUUUUCUUUCUAUUUGGCUUCUGAAGACAAAAUUUAACUUUCUGCUGCACGGAAGGUUCUACAUAAAUGCUGUCAAUGAGGGACAAGACUUUUAAAAAUAGAAAAAUGCAUUUCUGACAUCGGCUUUGUGAAUGUGAAUGAGUCUGAACGGGAUUUGGAGGUAUUUGCAACAGUGGAAGAAAAAGUGGAAGGGUACAGAAAGGAUUGUCUAGAAGUGAGAUGUAGGCAGAUAAUUUUGGGUCCUAUCGUGGUCAGAUCAGUUCAAUGAACAGAGACGGGGGCGGAGAUGAAAGGCUGCUGCAAUGGUUACACUGAGUGAGUGUGAUUGUAAAAUACAUGUAUAUAGUAGAUGGCUGACUUCAUUAGUGGAUAUUUUUGAAAAGUUAAAACUUUCACAAAUGAUCAAUAGCAUUAUAUUUCUUAUUUAGCCGCGGUAAUAAUGAUUUUUUGAUAUUCACUUAAUGUAAAAUACACCUCAUUUAUAUAGUUGUUUGUUUACCUGUUCCACAUCAUGUUGUUUCAAUACUUUUAAUGUUACUAUCACAGCACACUUUUUGUUUAAGGCAAAUUAAGGGGAAAAAAAUAAUCAUGUGAACAAAAUUCUUUAGCAUAUUUUAACUGACUGUCUUCUUUUUUAAAUGUGUAAUUGCGAUCACAUGAAAUAAAGAAUUAAUACAAUA